AUGCUCUUCAAAUCGGCCUUUUCAGCUGGUAGAUAUCGUCUUGACCUCUGCCAAAUCAUCUGGGGCCGCCGCCAAGCGCAAUACGAGUUCGAAUUCAGUGUAAACGAUGGCAACCUGUACACGGUGUACAUUAGACGUGAAGAUGACCACCCCCUAGAUAAUCCUCUAUACGCCGUUCGAAACUGCGCUACGGCAGCCGCAGCCUGGGACUUGAUAGAUGAGCAGUUGACGCAAAUGGCUACGGAAAUCAUGUCUCGAGAGUGGGAACUCACUCCAGAGGAAAUCUCGCAAAUCUACGAUGGUCCAAGCGGCGGGCUUUUGGCCCGGUUUGACUUUGUGUUGGAAGAGCGGAAUAGAAGGCAACUCUAG